CAACGUCAUCCACAGACGCCGGAAAAGGCGCAAGCUGAAAGUUCAUCGUCGAGCUGAGUUGGCUUUAUUAUUGGAGCGAGUACUACUUGUUCGUAUCUGUCUCCCUCGACGAAUGAGGUUGUUCUUGUUGAAUCCUGUCACACAACGGGAGAGGUUCACAGGUUUCGAUUGAUUGAGUGGACGGCACUGCUAACUAGCCACCACCCUUUCCAUUACUAGCUGACAUCUUUCCAGUUUAAGGCGCUCAAACACUCCGCUCAUACGACGCCAUGGACCCCGUUGGUCAAGCAUGCCCCCCCGCCCCCACUCUCUCUCUUGACCCAGACAUCAACCUGAACUCCCCCAACAAGGGCCUGGGACCCGCAGGAGGAGUAGACUCCCUAACGGAUGUCUCCGUGAAGGGGGGAGCCAUGGCAGUAGCAGCCGUCAACACGCUGCCCCCAGGGCUCACGGAGGAGGAGGCCGAGGAGCUCCGCUCUGAGCUAGUCAAGGUGGAGGAGGAGGUCAACACCUUGAGACAGGUGCUCCUGGCCAAAGAGAAGCAUUCUGCUGAUCUGAAGAGGAAGCUGGGGCUGAGUCCUCUCAACGAGCUCAAACAGAACCUCUCCAAGGGAUGGCAGGACGUUCAGACCUCCAACGCCUAUAUCAGAACCACUGAGAAACUUGGCGAGUGGAAUGAGAAGGUUACCGGUUCCGAGUUAUAUCUUACAGCAUCUGCAACUUUGGAUGACAUUGCCCAAUCUGAAGCGUAUAAGAAGACUUCUGAGACCCUCUCUGUGGCGGGACAGAAGACCACUGCUGCCUUCUCCACCAUGGGCACUGCCCUCAGCAGGAAACUGGGAGACAUGAGAGCGCUGCCUUUCUCCAACUCCUUUGGUAGCAACUACUCCAUUCGCCAAUCGAUAAGUAUGCCAGCGAUGAGAAACUCUCCAACCUUCAAGUCGUUCGAGGACAAAGUUGGAAACAUCAAGUACAUGGUGGUUGGAACCAGAGGUAACGGAGAAGCUGUCCAGUCCCCGACCGAAACGAACCCCGUUCAGGACAACGCACCCUUCUGAAGCUCCUCCUUCCUCUCUUAUCACCGGGACUGUGACGACGACAUCAUUAAGCGCCUCAUCACUGAGUGACCCUUGACCUGUGACAUCACCCUCAACACCAUAUGCCAUUACUCACUACUACCUCCCUCCACCUCCUCAGUUACCUAUAGCCCAGUCCUAAAUGGGCCCUUGGCUCCUACCCCCCCCCAAGGACCUUGGCUCCUACCCCCCCCCUCCCCUAGGUCCUUGG